AACCAAACAUAUCAAUAAGGAAAAGAUUGAAGAAUUGAUGUUUGAAGCUAUAACAAAUAUGUCUUUCAAAUUUUCCGAUCUCUUCCCUACUGCUGGUAUCGGAAGGUUUAUGGACUUUAUUUUAGGAGAACAUAAGAGACUUCACAACAGUUUCGUUGAAGUUGAUACUUUUGUCAAGAAAAUAGUUGAUGAUCAUUCGAAGAUUAGACAUGGAGUAACAUCUCAAGAUCGUCCUGAUAUCGUUGAUGUGAUGUUGGAAAUGUUACACAAACACGAACAAGAUGAUUCUUUCAAGCUCACAGUUGAUCAUCUCCAUGGAGUCAUCUCAAAUAUAUUUCUUGCUGGAGUAGACACAAGUGCUGUCACCAUGAUUUGGGCGAUGGCAGAGCUUAUUAAAAACCCGCGUGUGAUGAAGAAAGUUCAAGAUGAGAUCCGAAGUUGCAUUGGAAUCAAACAAAAUGAAAGAAUCGACGAAGAAGGUGUUGAUAAGCUUCAAUACUUGAAGCUUGUGAUCAAAGAAACCUUAAGACUACACCCACCAGCUCCUCUAUUAAUUCCAAGAGAAACAAUGAGUCAAAUCAAUAUUCAAGGCUACAACAUUCCCCCAAAAACCCUUAUUUUGGUAAACGCAUGGUCUAUCGGCCAAAACCCUUACCGCUGGGAAAGUCCAGAGGAGUUUAUCCCGGAGAGGUUUAUUGAUUUUCCUGUGGAUUACAGAGGACAGAGUUUUGAAAUGUUACCGUUUGGUUCUGGCCGGAGGAUGUGUCCGGGANGUUUUUACUGUUUUUUCAUUUUCGUGACUUUAUGUGACUAUUUUGUCACUAUUUAA